AUGGAAACAACGACGAUCUCCACCUCCAACGUAUGCAACUCUAUUUUAGCGAAACUUACUCAAGACCUAAACACUGGGAAUCUUGGAGAAAUUCUACAUUCUUGUGGAAAGCCCACAAUCUAUUUACUUGGCGACUGUAUAACAGAUUUGCAUUCUCUGGAAGGAAAUAUUAAUGAUAGCAAAAAUAGAGCAAAAUUAAUACAUUUAAAAGUUGGCUCACUCAUUGACUUGUCUUCCGAAAAGUUUCAUUCGUAUACCUUUCGCGAAGUUCCACCCUGUUGGAGACAAUUACACACUGACGCAAGUCUUGUAAAAAGUAUCUGUGAAGUUCAUUUGGCGAAAAUUAUACAAAAGGAAAGCGAGCAAAACAAAAUUGAUGACGACGCGAUAAAGAAUGCUUGGAAACAAGUGAUAAAGACUUUGGAUAUGACGUUGCUAAUGUCAGGUGCACUUGGCAAGGGAAGAAAGGAUUUGGUCUUGCAAUUGAUUUCAGUGGUCGAGAAAAAACUCAGAAAAGAUGAGAAUAGCAGUAAAAGUUUUUCUAUUACAAGACCAACUCCAUUCAUAAUUAAAUCUUCGAUUUCGCAUUGGCCCGCGCUCUCAACGCGACCAUGGUCGAAUAUUGAUUAUUUAUUAUAUGCCGCGGGCGAAGAACGUAUAGUGCCAGUUGAGAUUGGUGCAAAGUACACUGAGGAAACUUGGACACAAAAAUUAAUGGGAUUUGGUGAAUUCGUUAGAAAACAUAUCAUAAAAAAUCAUGAUUCUUCACAAGAAACCUCCGAUAAUAAUAAUAUUUCGUAUCUUGCUCAACAUAAUUUAUUUGAUCAAAUUCCCCGUCUCAAAGAAGAUAUCUUAGUUCCCGACUACUGCUUUGUGGAUACUGAACCUUUAGAUAAUGUUAUUAUAAACGCAUGGUUUGGACCGAAAGGCACUAUCUCGCCAAUGCAUACCGAUCCCUAUCAUAAUCUUUUGGCACAAGUUGUCGGAGAAAAAUAUAUAAGAUUGUAUGCCCCGGAAGAAACACCCAACGUCUAUCCAUUUGAGAAUGAUGAUCUACUGAAAAAUACAAGCCAGGUUGACGUUGAGAAUCCAGAUAUGCAACAAUUUCCUAAAUUUUCUUCUGCGCAAUAUGUUGAAUGCAUGCUGCGCCCUGGCGAUCUUUUGUACAUACCACCAGGAUGCUGGCAUUACGUUCGAUCUCUGAGUGUAAGUUUCAGUGUAAGUUUCUGGUUUUAA